UUUUAUUGUAGCAUAUGCUUGCAAAUGGCAAAAAGGUCGAAUAUGAAACGGUUGUAGGCAGCGGGGAGAUCAAUAGGAAGGCGACGACCUCCUUCGCUUUCUGGCGAGUUCUCCCUUCCCUCCUCUGCCUCUCCUCAGGCCCCACCUCCUGACGCGCCUGGAGGAGGAGGGAGCUCUUGUUGUAUUGGCAACGAGGAGGGUUGCGUUGGAUGCUGCUGCGGCGGCUGCUCCUGCUUCCGGCGGCCAUGGAUUCUUCCUUGCUGCAGGCUUUAAUUAAUUAUUAUUGCCGGGAAGGCUAUUUUCGUCAUGUCCAAACAGUUGCAAAUGAAGGCAUUAAGCUGUUUGGCAGUGACCCGGUGUUCAUUUUCUACCGUGCUUAUGGCAUCCUGAUGGAAGGGCGCAUUCAAGAGGCUCUUGCUGAACUUGAAUCUGUUAAAACCAAGCAGGAUGUAUCUCUCUGCACAAUGAUGGCACAGAUCUAUGCUCAAAAAAAGAGCCCACAUCCAGAUCGUGAAGUGAUUGUGGAGCUGGAUAUGAAGUUGAAAGAGCAACGCAAGCUAGCAGGACAGCAGGCUUUGUAUUUUGCAGGCUUGUUCUUGUGGCAUGUUGGCCGCCCUGAGAAAGCCCGUGAAUAUGUUGACAGAAUGAUUAAGAUCUCCAAUGGCAGUAAAGAGGGAUUGAUUUUGAAAGGAUGGCUUGAUGUCACCUGUGGGAAAGAAACAAGUAUUAAAAAAGCUAUUAAAUAUUUUGAUGAAGGAUUGCAAAAUGGGAAUGAUAUCUUUGGCCUGAUGGGUAAGGCACAAUAUUUUGAAGUGCGGCAGAAUUAUUCAGGAGCUUUGGAAACUGUGAAUCAAAUAAUAGCCAACUUCCCAAACUUCCUCCCUGCUUUUAUAAAGAAAAUGAAGCUGCAGCUGGCAUUGCAAGACUGGGAACAGGCAACUGAGACUGCACACAGGUUGUUGCAGAAAGAUGAUCUUAAUUUGGAAGCUAUAAAAAUGAAGGCUAUUCAUUCUUUGUGCAGGGAAGGAAAUAUACCUGAAGCUUCAUCAAAGUUGGCAGAUCUGAAUAGUGCAUUGGAGAAGCUGGAACCGCACAAUCCUCAACUCUUCCGUAAAACAGCAUUGGUUUUCAGCAGAACAUGUGGACGCAAUCAGACCAUCCUUCAGCAAACUCGUUCUUUGGUGGAAAGAGCAUUCACCUUAGCCUCUCAAGAUACAGAUAUUGCUACGGAACUUGGUUAUCAGAUGAUUUUACAAGGGAAAAUAAAGGAGGCUGUAAAAUGGUACAAGACUGCCAUGGCUCUUGACGAGACAAGUGUUCCUGCACUAACUGGUAUUAUUCAGUGCCAGCUAAUGGAAGGAAAGUUAGAAGACGUAGAACAGCAGCUGGAGUUCUUGAACGAAAUCCAGCAGUCUAUCGGAAAAUCAGCAGAAUUAUCAUAUUUGCGUGCAAUGUUGGCUAUGAAGAAACAUCAAAGACAAGAAGAUGUUAUCAGUUUGUUGAAUGAUGUCCUUGAUGCUCAUUUUUCUUCUUUGCAAGGUUUGCCUCUUGGAGUGGAAUAUUUUGAAAAAUUGAAUCCUGACUUUUUGAUAGAAAUUAUUAAGGAAUACCUUAGUUUUUGCCCAACACAGCCUGCAGGUCCAGGUCAGCCCCCUUCCCCGCUCCUCCAGCCAUGUGCAUCAGUCCUCGAAACUGUGGUAAAAACUGUGCCCGGACUCCUGGAAGCUGCCUAUUUAGUUGCAAAGGUGAAGUAUUUGGCAGGUAAUCCUGAAGCAUCCCAAAGUAUCCUGCAGCACUGCAUAGAGCAAAAUCCUUCAUAUGCAGAUGCUCAUCUUCUUAUGGCUCAAGUUUAUUUGUUGCAAAACAACUUCAAACUCUGUUCUCAGUCUCUGGAACUCUGCCUAAGCUACAACUUUGAGGUUCGGGAGCACCCUCUAUACCACUUAAUAAAGGCUCAAGCCCAAAUAAAGAUGGGUGAAAUAGCAGAAGCCAUUAAAACAUUACAGAUGGCAAUGAAUUUACCUGGGAUGAGAAGAGGUGCAUCUUCCUCAAAAUUGAAAAUGAAAAGGAUUGAUGUUGAUGGAAAUUAUCGUGUGUCUCUCUAUCUAGAACUGGUGAAUGCUCAUCGUUUGAAUGGUGAACAGCACGAAGCCAUCAAAAUACUCCAGGAUGCUAUCAAUGAAUUUUCUGGUACUCCUGAAGAACUGAGAGUCAUGAUUGCUAAUGCAGACCUAGCUCUUUCACAAGGAGAUGUUGAAGAGGCUCUGACUAUGCUCCGAAAUAUAACACCAGAGCAGCCUUACUUUGUCCAAGUCAAAGAAAAAAUGGCAGAGAUUUAUCUUCAAUACAGGAAAGAUAAGAAGUUAUAUGUCAGCUGUUACAGAGACCUGGUGGAGAAACUGCCAAGUUCUCACACAUUUCUUCUUCUGGGGGAUGCAUACAUGAAUAUCCAGGAGCCUGAAGAAGCCAUAGAAGUGUAUGAACAGGCUUUGAAGAAGAAUCUUAGAGAUGGGGCGUUGGCUAGUAAAAUUGGGAAUGCUCUAGUCAAGACUCAUAACUAUUCAAAGGCAAUAAAUUAUUACGAAGCUGCUAUGAAAACCGGCCAACAGAAGUUCCUCUGUUACGACUUAGCUGAACUAUUGCUGAAACUGAACCACUAUGAAAAAGCAGAAAAAGUCCUCCAGCAAGUUUUAGAUCAUGAAUCUGUAAAUGAUUUGUCUUCUCUGAUGGAGGAUGCCCGUUAUCAGGUUCUUCUUGCAAAGGUUUACAGUAAAAUGGAGAGGAUGGAGGAUGCUAUUGCUUCAUUGCAACAGGCUCGAGAAUUGCAGGCCAGAGUACUGAAGCGGAUUCAGAUAGAGCAGCUGGAUGCGGUUCCUGUGCAGAAGCAAGUGGCAGCUGAAAUUUGUGCAGAGAUAGCAAAGCAUUCAGCAGUCCAGCGGAACUAUGAGAAAGCAAUUAAAUUUUACAAAGAAGCUCUUGUUCAUUGUGAAACUGACAGCAAGGUGAUGCUAGAACUUGCACGUUUGUACCUGGCACAUGAUGAUGUGGAUGCUUGCCAGCAUCAGUGUGCUGUAUUGCUGAAGAAUGACCCUGAUAACUCUGCAGCUACCAUGAUGAUGGCUGACCUUAUGUUCAGGAAGCAGGACUAUGAACAAGCAGUCUUUCAUUUCCAGCAGCUUUUGGAUCGCAACCCUGAUAAUUAUGCAACAUUGUCACGUUUAAUUGACCUUUUAAAAAGAGCUGGAAAACUAGAAGAAGUUCCAAGAUUCCUGGUAAUGGCUGAGAAACAUUCCCCCAGAGCAAAGCUUGAUCCAGGAUUUCACUAUUGCAAAGGAUUGUAUCUUUGGUACACUGGUGAACCAAAUGAUGCACUUCGACAUUUCAACAAAGCACGGAAGGACAGUGAUUGGGGACAGAAUGCCAUUUAUAAUAUGAUUGAAAUCUGCUUGAACCCAGACAAUGAAACAGUGGGAGGUGAAGUGUUUGAAAACCUCAAUAAUGAUACUGACAGUUCCACAGAGAAGCAAGAGUCAGUGCAGUUGGCUGUGAGAACAGCAGAAAAACUCUUAAAGGAACUGAAGCCCCAGACAGGUCAAGGUCAUGUACAGCUUCGCAUCAUGGAAAAUUACUGUCUUAUGGCAACCAAACAAAAAUCGAAUGUUGAGCGAGCACUAAAUGCCUUUACAGAAGUAGUUGUUGCUGAGAAGGAUCAUGUCCCAGCGCUUUUGGGAAUGGCCACAGCGUACAUGAUCUUAAAGCAAACCCCAAGAGCAAGAAACCAGUUGAAGCGCAUUUCAAAAAUGAAUUGGAAUCCCAUUGAUGCAGAAGAGUUUGAAAAAAGUUGGCUUUUGCUUGCUGAUAUUUACAUUCAGUCUGCAAAAUAUGACAUGGCUGGUGAAUUAUUAAAGCGGUGCCUACGUCAUAACAGGUCCUGCUGCAAAGCAUAUGAGUAUAUGGGAUACAUAAUGGAGAAGGAACAAGCAUACAAGGAUGCAGCUGCAAAUUAUGAGAUGGCCUGGAAGUAUGGAAACCAAACAAAUCCAACAAUAGGUUUCAAGCUGGCAUUUAAUUACCUGAAAGCAAAGAGAUACAUUGAUGCAAUUACUGUUUGUCAUAAGGUUCUAGAAGCACAUCCAAAUUAUCCCAAAAUCAGAAAAGAAAUACUUGAUAAGGCCCGCACAUCUUUAAGAACUUGACCAGUGUUAUAAGUAGUAUUUAAUUACGGAGAAAAAAACACUACAGUACAGAAAAAAGGGGUCAUAGAAACAUCUGUGUGGUUAUGGAUCUUAUUUAUUUUCCAGUGGGGGGGGGGAAGCAUAGAGAGACUACUUUUAAAUUUAUCUCUCUUCUAGAAGAGGAUGCUGUAGUACUUAGGGUUCAGUAAACACAAAAGAUAAUGGGUGUCUGUUACUGUCCACCUGUAGGUAUUGGCUGCAAUCCAAAUAAAUCACUUCCAAGCAGUCGGAACGUUCUUUGAAGAUUUAUCUGAGGCAGAGAAAUCUUCAGAGAAUGUUUCCAGCUGUGGCCAUGCUUCCUUCCCCUUUGUAUAGGUGAUUUAUUGGAAUGUGCCCAUUGUUUUAAAACUGUGUAUAAUCAGAAUCCUCAAAAGCAGCAAAAAAGGAGAGGGGGGGGAAGCACCCUCCUAGAAUGCUUUAUCUGUUUCACUGAGUUUUAUCUAGCUAUGUUAUUUGUAUAAAAUGUAUUUUUCUUUGCUGGAAAGCUAGUCUAAGCAAAUUAAUAAAUUCUUCUUUUUUUCUAGUGGUUUACUUUA